CGCUGAUUUUUCCAAUCGUAUAGGACGUUGAGACAUGCGUCUGCAUGCGUCUAGCAAGUUUCACCAGGUUUUAAGUGCCAUGCUUUUUAUGCGAAUGCCGACAGAUUUUAAUUUAUAACAGUUAUUGUAAUAGUAAUGUUAAUGAAUCAGUAAAUCAAGAAGUUCAUAAUGAGUGGGAUUACAAGCGAUGUUCAAGGCUCAUUGAAGGAAGCUUUGUAUGAUUCCUUAAAUGGAAUUUUAUCGCAAGAUCGUGAAACUCGACAAGCAGCUGAACAAAGAAUUCAGGCAUUAGAAGUAACUGAAGAGUUUGGAAUUCAUCUGACUGAGUUUGUAGUAGAUCCCAAUGGUCACCUGCCGAUCAGGCAACUGGCCUCUGUUCUCUUGAAACAGUAUGUAGAAAUACAUUGGUGUGCUUCGGCUGAGAAAUUCAGACCUCCAGAGUUGAGAUUAAGCACUAAAGAAAGGAUUAAAGAGUUAUUACCAUUAGGUCUUCGAGAGUCAAUUAGUAAGGUACGUACUGCAGUUGCAUAUGCAAUAUCAGCGAUAGCACACUGGGAUUGGCCUGAAAAUUGGCCAGGAUUAUUCGACAUACUAGUCAAUUGUUUGAGUGGCGAAAGUGAAUUUGCGGUGCAUGGAGCAAUGAGAGUUUUAACAGAAUUCACUCGUGACCUUACGGAUACUCAGCUUCCAAAUGUCGGUCCAGUUAUUCUUCAGGAAAUGUAUAGGAUUUUUCAAAGUGAAAAUCAAUAUUCAAUCAGAGUGCGAGGAAGAGCUGUAGAAAUUUUCACAACAAUCGUAGACCUUGUCGCCAGCACAGGACUUUAUCAAAAAGGCUUUGCCCAGCAAUAUUUGCAACCAGUCAUUCCCAUGUUUUGUGAAAAGUUCGUACAGUGUCUUCGCGUUCCUAACGGCUUAACCAGCGACAGUGGAUUGAAAACAGACAUAAUAAAAGCGAUAAAUUGCCUAAUGAAAAGAUUGCCUAAAUACGUUUCGCAUUUUUUGCCGCAAUUGCUACCUCCGAUAUGGGAGACUUUAACGCAAAGUGCAAAAAUCUACCAGGAGGAAACUGUAAAUGGCGACGGAGAGGUGGACGAGAGAGCCGUAGAUUCCGACGGUCAAAUUAUUAAUUUCAAUAACUUGAUCAUGGCUACGUUCGACUUUGUCCACACCCUGGUCGAUUACAAAAGAUUCUUCAAUCUCCUGGACAACCUGCAAUCCGAAGUGAUGUUUUAUCUGAUAAUUUUCAUGCAGAUAACCGACGAACAGAUUGAACUCUGGACAAAUAAUCCCAGUCACUUCGUCGAGGAGGACGACCAGUGCAUUUACGCAUACAACGUACGGAUCUCUGCUCAGGAACUGCUUACUGCUCUUGUCAAUCGUUCAGAAGAAACAACCAUCAACGUACUCUGCGAUGUCAUAAGACGUCAUAUAGAGUCAACGCGAAACUUACGGGCAGCUGGAAACGGUAGCUCAGCGACUGGAAACUGGUGGAAACUCCAAGAAUCCUCAUUGACCGCACUCAGUCUAGCUAAAGAUGCAGUUGUCGAAAAACAACGUACUGGAACGCUGGGCUUUGACAUCAUCAGCUUCCUGGACAGCGUCGUUCUAGCCACUCUCAACGAUUCAGGAGCUCAUCCUCUUCUGUUGGGUCGUUGCCUGUGUCUUGGUGGACGUUACGCCAGUCAGAUGCCACCGGAAAUAAGUGCCCGCUUUUUGGAAGCCACUGUGAACGGUCUACAAGAAAAUCAACCGUCUUGUAUUCGCAUAAGCGCCGUCAAAGCUGUCUACUGGUUCUGCGAGGCAUCGUCCUCUGGGAACAGUGCCAUUAACAACAUAAUGCGCUCUCAUUUGCCAGCGAUAUUUCAGGGUCUUUUUAAUCUAGCCAAUCAGCCUUCCACCGAGGUCCUCACGCUUCUUAUGGAAACCUUCGCGGUACUGGUCUCUCUAGACAAAGCGUUCACGGCCUCGGUCGAAAAUAAAAUAUGUCCGCUGACCAUCGCAGUCUUUCUCAAGUUCCACAGCGACCCGGUAAUCUUAGAUUUUUGCCAAGACGUGUUCAAGGAACUAACCGAGAAUCCAGAAUGCAUCGGACCACUGCAAACACGUUUGAUACCAACCCUUGUCAGUAUGAUGGCAGUAGGUUCCACAGACAAAUCAAAGGAUGGUACGGAUACGACAGGAAUACUUGCUUAUCUUACGUUUAACGUAUUUGCAUAUGUUUUUUAUAUUCCAGAAGGCACUCAUGGGAUAGCCUUGGAUGCCUUACAAGUCCUGGUGCAAUAUUCUCCACUGCCACUGAGCAAUGCACUCGUCGAAAAUGCAUUUCCUGCGGCUUGUAACUGCGUUCUGAAUUCCGAGGACAACGCGACGCUGCAAAGUGGCGGCGAGGUGAUACGUACGUAUCUCUCGGUAGCAGCACGACAAGUGACAGUACACAGAGAUGCAGAAGGCCGUACGGGAUUGCAAUAUAUACUGCAGAUAGUUGCACAGCUUCUAAAUCCUCAGUCUAGUGAAUUCACUGCAACUUUUGUGGGUCGUCUGGUGACUACUCUCAUACGCAAGGCUGGAAGUUCCUUGGGUGAGAAUCUGGACCUCCUCCUCAAGGCGGUUCUUAGCAAAAUGCAACGGGCUGAGACUCUUACUGUGAUGCAGAGCUUAUUGAUGAUUUACGCGCAUUUGAUUAAUAAUGAAUUUGAUGCCGUGCUCAAUUUCUUAUCCACGGUACCUGGUCCCACGGGUCAGAGUGCACUUGCCUUCGUGCUCACCGAAUGGGUCGGCAGGCAGCAUUUAUUUUUUGGAGGUUACGAUCGAAAAGUCGCCACUGUUGCACUGUGCAAAAUUCUUGAGUAUGGAGUUACGCACGACGACAAUAGGCUCAAUGAAAUAAACGUUAAGGGCGACGAGGUAUAUCCAGGUAAUGACGACGGCAUUAAAACAAGAAGCAAAACUCAGUCGCAGCCUCAUCAAUGGACCACUAUUCCUGUUCUUGUGAAAAUUUUUAAGUUACUCAUAAACGAAGUGUCCAACGAUCUCGAGGCUGUCUUAGCUACGCAUGAUGUCGAUGAAUCUGACGAAGACGAAGAUACAGAAGGUAAUGACGCAUUACUGGAUCCAGGAAACCAAGAAAGAUUUUUAAAUUUAGAAGACUUAGAGGACGACAGCGAAGAAGAGGAAGACCCAGAUCUGUUGCAAGAUUCAAUCUAUCAUCUGAAUCUCAGUCAGUACCUGCGCGACUUCCUACUGAACUUCUCCACGCAUCAUUGCUUUUCUGCGUUCGUCCAGCAUCUCAAUGCCACCGAGCGCAGAACCCUAAAUAGUAUGAACGUCAAUCCAACAUUCGCUUAGAAAGAUCGCAUAAAAUAAAAAUCUUGCAGUUUUCGUAAUAAAAGUAUCCUGUUCUGUUUAA